UUGCCUAGAAUUGCUCUUAACCCUCAACCAAGUGUUAUAGCACUCUGUUCCAGGAUGCGACACGGAUGCCAGAACAGACAGAACCCUGUGAAAGCCGGGACCCCCUCCUCCUCCCCUUGCUCCUUCUUUAUACAUGGUGUUUCUUGUUUGUGGCGAAUGAAGUGUACUGCUCUCUGUGGCUGACAGAUUGUAUUUGUCAAGCAUUUUCAGAAAGAGUUCAGCCCUACACAUAAUAUGGAGCCAAUUCUAGAUCUGUGAUGUGCGUAGGGUGGUGCUUGCUCUAUGGUUAAUAGUGAAAGUGUCAACGGGAAAUAUGUGGGGUCUUAAAAGAUGGCAUAAAACACUUUAAAUGCUCUUAAAAGGAUCACCAUGGGAGACAGCGAUCAUGAACCUCCUACAAGUGAGUCUGGGAUAAGAAAAUUUUUCAGAGGCAUUUUGCCCCACUGGCCUCGCUCUUCACCCCAAGGAGGAGCCACACCAACACAUACUGAUCCUCCUGAUGUAGGCAAUGAAGAAGCCACAUCCCUCUCACAGCUAAAACGUAAAUCAUCACUUCUGCGGAACCAUGAUGAUUCAGAGGAUUCAGAUUAUGAAGAGAACUUGCCCUCUGCCAAGAGACAACGUAUCACAGUAUCAGCCAUGAGGCGUCUUUUUGCAAAAUUCAGUCUGAGUGACAAAGAGGGAACAGAUGGUGAAGUUGCAUCAUCCUCUAUGCCAGGGAAAGUUCCUGACAUUCCAGCACAAAAGCCUCACCCCCCAAGCUACGAGCGGGACCUGUCUCCAUCGCCACCAUCACUAAUCUCCUCCUCUCCCUCUAUUUCCAACAGUCAGAGUAAUAACAACGAUGCAGACAUUCCCAACAUGAAUAAAAUACCGGCAACAUCCAAAAAACACAAAACAUCAGACUCUUCUGAAGCAAAGGAUGGGAAACGAAGGAAAACCAGUGAUUUCAGUGACUCAGACGACAAUGAUGAUCAACCAAAAAUGAAUAACAAAACCAGGUCAAAUGGAGACAUAGUUAAGAGUAACAAACGACAAGUUGAUUUAUCAGACAGUGAAGCCGAAGAUCAUAAUGAACACUUGUCUAAAGUGAAAAGGACAAGACGUCUCAGGAGAGGCUUGCGCUUGUGUACUAAUAUUACUUGUUAUAUUGAACAAGUACUUUACAAUUAAGAUUUGAUGUUUUUGAGUAGCUCCAAAGGAGCAUUAUUUUAUAGGCUUUCCUGAUAUAAUACUUUUUUUGUGAUAUAUAUAAAGCAAGAUUUCUUACCAAAGCAUUUUCAAGUUCUUUCCUUCAUGGUCCAUUGUGAAGAUAUUCACUGUACCACUACAUAAUACUACAUAGUACAUAAUUCACCAAUAAAACAUAAUCUCAAUUUCAGUAUUUCAAAAGUUGAAAUCCCAUUACCUCAAAACUCCACUAAAAAACAGGAUUUUUUAUUUUUUUAUUUUUUUUUUUUUACCAAAUAAAUUUUAAUCUACAACUAAAUGGCAUUAACUGAUUGAGUAAUUCAAAUUUUGAAGUUAAAUUUGACAGCAUCACAACAGCAUCCACAACUUGCUUUUCCAUCAAACAGUAGUAAUAAAAAAGUGUAUGAGCUUUUAGUAAAUGAAUAUAAAGAAUCACCCAAUUCUGCAAUAAAUCACACAUAAUUUUCCUUUCCAAAAAAAUCCAUCUGUGCAAUUGCAAAAUAGUCUGCUUGAUCCAUCUUUUUCCUCUUUUGGCUUUCUAUCUUUUUCCUCUUCAAUUCGUAGAUAUAAUAUGAUUUUUGUAAUAUAGAUUUCCUUCUUAA